CUCUUAGAGCAACAAAUACAGCUCAUGAGGGCCACCUUCCAACUUAACCAGGAAAAACUGGAGUAUAACUUCCAGGUCCUGAAAAAGAGGGACGAGGAAAACACCAUCACAAAGUCUCAACAGAAAAGGAAAAUUACCAGACUUCAAGAUGUCAUGAACACAUUGAGGAUUAAACUGGCCAAACAGGAGAAACAGUUUAGGGAUGAGAACUCUCAGCUGACAGAAGACUAUAAGAGGAUAACUGAACAGUUCAUGGAGUUACAGAAAAAGUCAAGACAUUUCAUCACAACAGACAACAAGAAGUUCACAGACAUCUGGAUAAUGAACGAGGCCGAGGCCAAAGAACUGGUGGAGAAGGUCUGCGAGCAAGACAGGAUUGUCACAGAACACCAGCUGGGUCUGAGAUGGGACCAGCCUGAUCUUGAGUUCAUGGACAAUGUUGGCCCCAUACUAAGUGAACAGACAAAGAGACAACAGGUGUCUGCCACACAGGUGGUACAGGAAGUCAUGUCACAGACAGGUGGAGUCAGUGACCAGCCUGUGGCAGACCCAGUGGACAGGCCAUACCGUCCUGAGCCAGGAGAAGAAGAAGAGGGCAGUGAGUACCACCAUGGCUCCAUGUUAAAGGAUCCGGCCACCAAGAGCGAGCAAGGCGAGACUGUGAAGAGCACCAUAACUCAGAAGUUCUCAGCUCAUACUAUUAAGAAAAUACUGGAGCUCCUGUGUGAUGAAUCGGGUUUCCUAGUUGAAAAUAAGUUGGUGAAACUCCUAGCACCACUGGAACAAGAUGAGCAGUCCCUCAUGAAAUUGGAUGCUAUCUUUGCUGCCCUGGGAGUGGAAACAGAAGACGACAUCUACAGGCUGUCCAAUUUUUUCACCAAGUUCCGCCAGGCCACAGAGCGUGCUCAGAGCGGGCAAGGCAGCAGGAAACAGUCGGUGGUAGAGGUAGAGAGACAGGAUGGUGAACCAGAAAAGGAAGGUGAAGAAGGAACUCAGACAGAUGAGAUGGCCGAGGAUGCUGAAGUGGCUGAGGAGCUGCAGAAAGUGAUGGAGGAUGGGGAGGAGGUGGUGACCCCAAGGUCAGUGAAGAGUGAGGUCACGGAGCUGAUCCAUCCCAACGAUGUGUACAAGGCACUCAGGGUGUUUGUGGAGGAACAGUGGCAGCCAACAAAAGAAAAGUCUAAGCAGCCCCAAUUCAAGAUUGCAAAUACUGAAGACAGGGACGAUGCAGAUGACGCUGCCUACUGGAAAAAAUAUUGCUCCAUUCUUCCAGAGAAGACAGAGAGAAUGUGGGACGCUCUUCUGGAUGGGUUAGAAAUGUACAGUGACUGCCUACAGAGCCGAGCCAAGCUAAUCACGGAGACGGACGGUCUGAGACAACAGAACGCCGAGCUCCGCAUGCUGCUACACCAGUACGUAAACUCCAAGGUGAACGCGGAGCUAGAGAUCCCUCCCACCAGAGUGCUUAACCUGGAGUUUCAGCAGGCGUGAACAAGAGGGGGCCGUCCAGUGACGGUGGAGUCACGUGAUAAUCACGCUGCAGUCACGUGGUUGUCACAUGAUUCACACUAAGUGUGCUUUGCUGGAAAAAUCAGGGAAGGAACUUGGGCAUGACUUUUUUAUGUUAUUUUUCUUUUAUUAUAUUUUGGCUGUAAAUUGUGAUGUAAAAGUGACCAUUUUAGUCCAGAAGUCUGAUGCUGAAAAGGAUUUAUUUGGGAUUCUUGAAAAAGAAAAAGAAAAAAUCAGAAGUUUUUAAAAAUAUUUAUUUUACUUCUUUUGAUCUCAGAAUAUCAAAGAUAUAAUUGAAAUUGUAUUCAAAGAUAAGGAAUCGAUGUUGAAAAAAAAAAAGGGAACAGAAACGUGGCAUAAAGAAACGUGACACAAAGGACUUGUCCAGAUGAUUAUAAUAAAUAUUGCAAAUGAUGUGUAUAUAUUUAUAUAUUUGUAUAA